CCCCUAGUGGACAGUUUAUUUAAAAAAAAACUACCACUACAUGCUGUUCAGUCUACGUGUCUUGUAAAAUGACUUCUAAACUCUUUUUCAGACUCACUCCUUUCGCUUUUAGAUUCAGAGUAUGUUCGCGCGUCUGUCGUUCGUUGAGCUCCGGUCAGAAUUUAACGGUGGACCAUGACAGACACAACCGACGCUUCACCGUGGCUCCGGGCAGAGAGACUGGUAAGCAGACGGGGCCGGGACUGACGCUCCGAUGCUGGGGGAGAUCCUGUUCACAGGAGGAUCAUGCUGUGCUGCGCUACAGGUUCACGGGGGAACAAGAAGUGGAUCUGAUGUCAACAUACGUACCUGAGAUAUUCAGGGGCCGAGGUGUUGCUGCUCUACUGUCACAGGCUGCUCUGGACUUUGUUGUUGAAGAAAACCUGAAGGCUCAGGUCUCUUGUUGGUACAUAAAGAAGUACAUCGAGGAGAACCCGGAACGUCAUUAUAAAGCGUGUAUCCUCACCUGACUGCUGCCUGUCGGACCAGAUUAAACUGGCUUUCUUACCUCAAACCAACACAGCCUCAUGAACUUAUCCGAACAGAAACCAGACUGGGACGUGAAGCUGCUCAAUCUGAACUCUCUCACAGCUUCAAGGUUUUGAAUGAGAGUUUGUCUGCUUGAGAUUAGUGUGAAAUCUUAUCCGAUUAUGUUAAUUUAUUUAAAUCUUGUUUAAUCUUCUAUCGGUCUCUUACAUUUCCUCAUGGAGUAGAGAUAUUUAUUCAUUAUUCAUUGUGAAUAUUCAGUGUGAGUUGGGACAUGUUAUUAUGAAGGUAAUUACAGUGUCUGCACACAAAUUGACAAAUAAAAGAUAAUUGAGUGUUCACUUAAAGCACCACCAGAAAGCUGAUUUCUUUACACAAAUCAUUUUAUAAAGAAUCUUUAGCUUUAUUGGUCAUCAGUCAGUUCCAAAUUAGACUAUCUUUUUUAACCAUAUUUUAUACAACAUCUUCAAUUAGUACGUUCAAAUUAAAAUGUUGAGCCUGA